AUGCCUGAUGUGAAAUGUUCUGCACGGUCAAUUAAUACAUGGAUUCAAAAAAUUGGCUUUUGCUCUAAAAGGGAUUUAAAAAUUUUAGUCCCGCAAAUAACAAAACCAAUAGAAACCAUAAGCAUACAAGAAACUUGUACAAGAAACUUGUACAAGAAACUUGUACAAGAAACUUGUACAAGAAACUUGUACAAGAAACUUGUACAAGAAACUUGUACAAGAAACUUGUACAAGAAACUUGUACAAGAAACUUGUACAAGAAACUUGUACAAGAAACUUGUACAAAAAACUUGUACAAGAAACUUGUACAAGAAACUUGUACAAGAAACUUGUACAAGAAACUUGUACAAGAAACUUGUACAAGAAACUUGUACAAGAAACUUGUACAAGAAACUUGUACAAGAAACUUGUACAAGAAACUUGUACAAGAAACUUGUACAAGAAACUUGUACAAGAAACUUGUACAAGAAACUUGUAAAAGAAACUUGUACAAGAAACUUGUACAAGAAACUUGUACAAGAAACUUGUACAAGAAACUUGUACAAGAAACUUGUAUAA